UUUAGUCUGGCCCUGAAUGUGCUCAUCUCGCUCUGCUGUAUUUUGUUCUUCUAUGCGAGUCUUGGAUGCAAAAAUAGUUACAUUAAAUAUGAAAGUUUACCUGAGUGUCAGUGUGAGACGAUGCUUGGUUUAUCAUCAUCACAAGACACAGUUGAGCAGAUGGAGGAAUCUAUAACAUUUUUGAAUCAAACAACAAAGAAGAACCUGAUGCAGCAUCACCCAAACAUACCUGUGAGAAUUAUCAUGGAUAUGACACAAAACACAAGGUGUAACCUAAUGCCAAGCCUUUUCAACAUCAGAUGGCACAAUAUAUACUGGCAGGAAGCCAAGCUCUCUCAAGAUACUACUGUUUUUCUUUACUCGGCCAUCUAUGACAACAGAAAACAUACUGAUGUGCGACCAUGUGUGCGGAUAGUGAGUGUGAGCAGUUCAACAUGCCUGCCGCCUGCCUACUGUCACUUGUGGUUCAAUGUUACAAAACCCCCUGUACCUUCGAGAAUUAUCAAAACUGAAUACAUAGACUACCAGUGGAUGGACAGGUCACGUGAAAUGAUGUACUUAUUGACAUGUCGCAUUCCUCCUAGUAUGGGCUCCAUCAAGCCAGAGGCAGUCUCUGUUGUCCACACUCCCUGCCAUACUGCCACUAACCUUUUACAUGUGAUUGGGGCUGCAGAAAGAGAGUCAAUGGCUGUGUCUAGUAAUUUUAUUUCACAAAAUGAUAAAUGGUAAGUAGAGCUCAGAAUUU